AUGGAUCUUUUAUUUUUUAUCUUUGAUUUAGCGUACUUUUGUUAAUAAUCGAGUCUUAAUAUUGCAGGUGCUUCGUAGUUUUAAGGAGCAAUUCAAGCUUCUUAGCGAUGAAGAGAUUGACAAUUGGGCUUCAUACGAAGUCGAGGCUUCCCCCUCUAAGGUUGGUGGUAGAGGGAAAGGGAAGAAGGUGAAGGAGACAUUAUCUGCUGAGCCAGGGAUUGAUAACAACGAAGGUGUGGGGGACGUUCAAGUUUCUGGCCGUUGCUCAUUCGAGCGUUUGGGGAGAAUAGUCCCACUGCUCAACGAGGCUCAAAAAGAAAUGGUGAGAAAUGCCGGUUUCUCAACAUUUUUAAGGGAGGAUGCCCCGUACAUAGACGCUAAGAUAGUUAGUUGGCUGAUCGAUCACGUGGAUCCAACCUCUUCUCGGCUGGAGAUAUUUGGAAGAACGAUCCAACUAUCCUCCAAGCUGUUUGAGGAUGUCAUGGGAAUCCGGGAUGGCGGAGAACCCGUGGCAACCGAAAGUGAGCGUGACCUGGUUGAGUUUGACCUCCUCUUUAAGGCCAAGGACUAUAGGUAUUCCCUGACUUUGCUGGAGAAUGAGCUUAAGGAAACCAGCGACAGUGACUACCUGUUUCUCAUUAAGUUUCUCCUUGUCUGUAUUGGAACUGUGUUGCUGCCGAAGAAUGGUAUCGAGGUCAGCACUAGCUACAUGCAUUCUUUAGUUGACACAAGGUCAAUUAAGAAGAAGAAUUGGGCGACUGCCGAAUUUCGAUAUCUAAUGAGCUCUCUACACCGGUACAAGACGAAGAACACCAAAAAUGUCUCCGGUUGCACGAUAUUUUUACAGCUUGUAUAUUUGACGCACGUAGACUGGACUGCUACUCACGUGGACCGGACUGUGGCUCCAAUUGACUUUUGGACCACAAAACACUGCAAGUCAGUGUACAAGUGGAUUCGAGACCACGGUGGUCACACAAGUGGAAAGGUACAUUUAGUACUUCAAUUUUCUGAUGCGUUAGAAUUUUAUUUGAGAGAUAUGCUAACUAGUUUUUUUGGUGUACUAAGCAAGUGAAAUUGACUAAC